AGUAUCUGUGCUUGGUAAUUUUUAUAUGAAGAUCUAGCACGUACGAUAAACCAUAAUCUCGACUAGUGCCAUGUUUAAGAACAGUGGAGACAAACGUAUAAUAUGUUUGAAUUGAUAUCGAAACUCCACAUAUCGUAUUUGUUAGACUAUUUUUGUUCUUGGGCAUUAAAAAGAUUAGGAUGAUGAAUGAUAUAUCAUAUUCUGCAUAAAUUUUGUUCAGUUAAAAUAAUUAUAAUGCUCAACCACUAUCUCAUUAUCAUCUAGCACACAUGUGAUGACUUGUAAAAUUGUCCGUUUUCUUUGUAACUCUCUUCAAUUAACGUAAUAUGAAGAUGUACAUCUAAAACUCUGCGUGCCUGAACGUACUUCAAUGUGGUUUGUCUACAAACAUGUCUCAAGAUUAUUAACUUAAAUACAAUAUUCAAUUUAAGAAAAUCAUAUUAUUAAAUAUAUGUGUAUAUACACAUAUCUUUAUACUAUUAUAAGAAGUGUCUUAAAAUCUUUGACCUAUUUCAUUCCAAGCUCUCUAUCAUUUCUUAGCUCUAUCUAUAAACAUCACACACACGCAGACACAUUCCAUAUUGAUUAACACCUAUAUAUUGAGUUUGAUCAAAAGAACCGAGAACAUCAUAUCCACUCUUGAUCCAUGGAUGAUAAGAAGUUGUGGAGAGUUUCCAAGAAAGAUUCCAUCUUCGAAACGACUCAUUUCUCUUCAAAACCCGACGUUUUCAGACGAAGCUUCUCAACAAAAACUUCUUCUUCACCUUCAAAACCCAUUUUGACAAGAAGUUUCACAACAAAACCUUCUUCGUAUCCUUCCUCGGAACCUAUCUUUAGACGAAGUUUCUCUGCAAAACCCGCUCCUUCAAAAUCUCCAUUUCUGUCAAGAAGCGGUUCAAUGAAAUGCGAAGCUGGCACAUCUUCCACGAAGUGUUCCAUCUCUCGGAGCUUGUCUCAUAAAGGCGCUUCAGUGACCCGAAAAUGUCGUGAUGUGGCCAAGGAGCACAAGUCCCGGUUCUACAUCAUAAAACGCUGCGUUCUGAUGCUCGUUUGUUGGCACAAACACGCUUAGAUUCACUAUGGACGUGAAGAAAGAAGAUUAGGUUAAUUAUUUGCAGUGAAUUUACUCGUUUUUUCUUUUCACCUAUCCAUUAUUAUUAUUUUAUAUAUUUUGUUUUAAUGAUACAUUCCAUCUGUUUCAA